CACAAUGGUUGCCAUGGUAACCGAGGUCACAAUGAGAAUGCACAUUGGUUGCCAUGGCAACUGACAUCACAAUGCGAAUCACAAUGGUUGCCAUGGUAACCGAGAUCCCAGUAAAGAUGCACAAUGGGUUCCAUGGCAACCGUUGUAAUAAUAGGAAUGCACAAUGGUUGCCAGGGUAACUGACGUAACAAUGGGAAUGCAUAAUGGUUGCCCUGGUAAACGAUGUCACAGUGGGAAUGCACAAUGUUUUCCAUGGUAACUGUUGUAAUAAUGGGAAUGCACAAUGGUUGCCAUGGUAACCGACAUAUCAAUUGGAAUGCUCAGUGGUUGCCAUGGCAACCGAGGUCAUAAUGAGAAUGCACAAUGGUUGCCAUAGCAACUCAGUCACAAUGAGAAUGCACAAUGGUUGUCAUGGCAACCGAGGUCACAAUGAGAAAACAGAAUGGUUCCCAUGGUAACCGAGGUCACAAUGGGAAUGCAUAAUGGUUGCCAUGGGAAGUGAUGUCACAAUGAGACUGCACAAUGGUUGCCAUAGCAACCGAUGUCAUAAUGAGGAUGCACAAUGGUUGCCAUGGUAACCGAGGUCACAAUGAGAAUGCACAAUAGUUGCCAUGGUAACCAACGUGACAGUGAGACUGUAUAAUGGUUGCCAUGGUAACCGAGUUCACAAUGAGAAUACACAAUGGUUGCCAUGGUAACCGAGGUCACAAUGGGAAUGCAUAAUGGUUGCCAUGGGAAGUGAUGUCACAAUGAGACUGCACAAUGGUUGCCAUAGCAACCGACAUCAUAAUGAGGAUGCACAAAGGUUGCCAUGGUAAACCAUGUAACAAUGAGGAUGCACAAUGGUUGCCAUGGUAACCGAGGUCACAAUGAGAAUGCACAUUGGUUGCCAUGGCAACUGACAUCACAAUGCGAAUCACAAUGGUUGCCAUGGUAACCGAGAUCCCAGUAAAGAUGCACAAUGGGUUCCAUGGCAACCGUUGUAAUAAUAGGAAUGCACAAUGGUUGCCAGGGUAACUGACGUAACAAUGGGAAUGCAUAAUGGUUGCCCUGGUAAACGAUGUCACAGUGGGAAUGCACAAUGUUUUCCAUGGUAACUGUUGUAAUAAUGGGAAUGCACAAUGGUUGCCAUGGUAACCGACAUAUCAAUUGGAAUGCUCAGUGGUUGCCAUGGCAACCGAGGUCAUAAUGAGAAUGCACAAUGGUUGCCAUAGCAACUCAGUCACAAUGAGAAUGCACAAUGGUUGUCAUGGCAACCGAGGUCACAAUGAGAAAACAGAAUGGUUCCCAUGGUAACCGAGGUCACAAUGGGAAUGCAUAAUGGUUGCCAUGGGAAGUGAUGUCACAAUGAGACUGCACAAUGGUUGCCAUAGCAACCGAUGUCAUAAUGAGGAUGCACAAUGGUUGCCAUGGUAACCGAGGUCACAAUGAGAAUGCACAAUAGUUGCCAUGGUAACCAACGUGACAGUGAGACUGUAUAAUGGUUGCCAUGGUAACCGAGUUCACAAUGAGAAUACACAAUGGUUGCCAUGGUAACCGAGGUCACAAUGGGAAUGCAUAAUGGUUGCCAUGGGAAGUGAUGUCACAAUGAGACUGCACAAUGGUUGCCAUAGCAACCGACAUCAUAAUGAGGAUGCACAAAGGUUGCCAUGGUAAACCAUGUAACAAUGAGGAUGCACAAUGGUUGCCAUGGUAACCGAGGUCACAAUGAGAAUGCACAUUGGUUGCCAUGGCAACUGACAUCACAAUGCGAAUCACAAUGGUUGCCAUGGUAACCGAGAUCCCAGUAAAGAUGCACAAUGGGUUCCAUGGCAACCGUUGUAAUAAUAGGAAUGCACAAUGGUUGCCAGGGUAACUGACGUAACAAUGGGAAUGCAUAAUGGUUGCCCUGGUAAACGAUGUCACAGUGGGAAUGCACAAUGUUUUCCAUGGUAACUGUUGUAAUAAUGGGAAUGCACAAUGGUUGCCAUGGUAACCGACAUAUCAAUUGGAAUGCUCAGUGGUUGCCAUGGCAACCGAGGUCAUAAUGAGAAUGCACAAUGGUUGCCAUAGCAACUCAGUCACAAUGAGAAUGCACAAUGGUUGUCAUGGCAACCGAGGUCACAAUGAGAAAACAGAAUGGUUCCCAUGGUAACCGAGGUCACAAUGGGAAUGCAUAAUGGUUGCCAUGGGAAGUGAUGUCACAAUGAGACUGCACAAUGGUUGCCAUAGCAACCGAUGUCAUAAUGAGGAUGCACAAUGGUUGCCAUGGUAACCGAGGUCACAAUGAGAAUGCACAAUAGUUGCCAUGGUAACCAACGUGACAGUGAGACUGUAUAAUGGUUGCCAUGGUAACCGAGUUCACAAUGAGAAUACACAAUGGUUGCCAUGGUAACCGAGGUCACAAUGGGAAUGCAUAAUGGUUGCCAUGGGAAGUGAUGUCACAAUGAGACUGCACAAUGGUUGCCAUAGCAACCGACAUCAUAAUGAGGAUGCACAAAGGUUGCCAUGGUAAACCAUGUAACAAUGAGGAUGCACAAUGGUUGCCAUGGUAACCGAGGUCACAAUGAGAAUGCACAUUGGUUGCCAUGGCAACUGACAUCACAAUGCGAAUCACAAUGGUUGCCAUGGUAACCGAGAUCCCAGUAAAGAUGCACAAUGGGUUCCAUGGCAACCGUUGUAAUAAUAGGAAUGCACAAUGGUUGCCAGGGUAACUGACGUAACAAUGGGAAUGCAUAAUGGUUGCCCUGGUAAACGAUGUCACAGUGGGAAUGCACAAUGUUUUCCAUGGUAACUGUUGUAAUAAUGGGAAUGCACAAUGGUUGCCAUGGUAACCGACAUAUCAAUUGGAAUGCUCAGUGGUUGCCAUGGCAACCGAGGUCAUAAUGAGAAUGCACAAUGGUUGCCAUAGCAACUCAGUCACAAUGAGAAUGCACAAUGGUUGUCAUGGCAACCGAGGUCACAAUGAGAAAACAGAAUGGUUCCCAUGGUAACCGAGGUCACAAUGGGAAUGCAUAAUGGUUGCCAUGGGAAGUGAUGUCACAAUGAGACUGCACAAUGGUUGCCAUAGCAACCGAUGUCAUAAUGAGGAUGCACAAUGGUUGCCAUGGUAACCGAGGUCACAAUGAGAAUGCACAAUAGUUGCCAUGGUAACCAACGUGACAGUGAGACUGUAUAAUGGUUGCCAUGGUAACCGAGUUCACAAUGAGAAUACACAAUGGUUGCCAUGGUAACCGAGGUCACAAUGGGAAUGCAUAAUGGUUGCCAUGGGAAGUGAUGUCACAAUGAGACUGCACAAUGGUUGCCAUAGCAACCGACAUCAUAAUGAGGAUGCACAAAGGUUGCCAUGGUAAACCAUGUAACAAUGAGGAUGCACAAUGGUUGCCAUGGUAACCGAGGUCACAAUGAGAAUGCACAUUGGUUGCCAUGGCAACUGACAUCACAAUGCGAAUCACAAUGGUUGCCAUGGUAACCGAGAUCCCAGUAAAGAUGCACAAUGGGUUCCAUGGCAACCGUUGUAAUAAUAGGAAUGCACAAUGGUUGCCAGGGUAACUGACGUAACAAUGGGAAUGCAUAAUGGUUGCCCUGGUAAACGAUGUCACAGUGGGAAUGCACAAUGUUUUCCAUGGUAACUGUUGUAAUAAUGGGAAUGCACAAUGGUUGCCAUGGUAACCGACAUAUCAAUUGGAAUGCUCAGUGGUUGCCAUGGCAACCGAGGUCAUAAUGAGAAUGCACAAUGGUUGCCAUAGCAACUCAGUCACAAUGAGAAUGCACAAUGGUUGUCAUGGCAACCGAGGUCACAAUGAGAAAACAGAAUGGUUCCCAUGGUAACCGAGGUCACAAUGGGAAUGCAUAAUGGUUGCCAUGGGAAGUGAUGUCACAAUGAGACUGCACAAUGGUUGCCAUAGCAACCGAUGUCAUAAUGAGGAUGCACAAUGGUUGCCAUGGUAACCGAGGUCACAAUGAGAAUGCACAAUAGUUGCCAUGGUAACCAACGUGACAGUGAGACUGUAUAAUGGUUGCCAUGGUAACCGAGUUCACAAUGAGAAUACACAAUGGUUGCCAUGGUAACCGAGGUCACAAUGGGAAUGCAUAAUGGUUGCCAUGGGAAGUGAUGUCACAAUGAGACUGCACAAUGGUUGCCAUAGCAACCGACAUCAUAAUGAGGAUGCACAAAGGUUGCCAUGGUAAACCAUGUAACAAUGAGGAUGCACAAUGGUUGCCAUGGUAACCGAGGUCACAAUGAGAAUGCACAUUGGUUGCCAUGGCAACUGACAUCACAAUGCGAAUCACAAUGGUUGCCAUGGUAACCGAGAUCCCAGUAAAGAUGCACAAUGGGUUCCAUGGCAACCGUUGUAAUAAUAGGAAUGCACAAUGGUUGCCAGGGUAACUGACGUAACAAUGGGAAUGCAUAAUGGUUGCCCUGGUAAACGAUGUCACAGUGGGAAUGCACAAUGUUUUCCAUGGUAACUGUUGUAAUAAUGGGAAUGCACAAUGGUUGCCAUGGUAACCGACAUAUCAAUUGGAAUGCUCAGUGGUUGCCAUGGCAACCGAGGUCAUAAUGAGAAUGCACAAUGGUUGCCAUAGCAACUCAGUCACAAUGAGAAUGCACAAUGGUUGUCAUGGCAACCGAGGUCACAAUGAGAAAACAGAAUGGUUCCCAUGGUAACCGAGGUCACAAUGGGAAUGCAUAAUGGUUGCCAUGGGAAGUGAUGUCACAAUGAGACUGCACAAUGGUUGCCAUAGCAACCGAUGUCAUAAUGAGGAUGCACAAUGGUUGCCAUGGUAACCGAGGUCACAAUGAGAAUGCACAAUAGUUGCCAUGGUAACCAACGUGACAGUGAGACUGUAUAAUGGUUGCCAUGGUAACCGAGUUCACAAUGAGAAUACACAAUGGUUGCCAUGGUAACCGAGGUCACAAUGGGAAUGCAUAAUGGUUGCCAUGGGAAGUGAUGUCACAAUGAGACUGCACAAUGGUUGCCAUAGCAACCGACAUCAUAAUGAGGAUGCACAAAGGUUGCCAUGGUAAACCAUGUAACAAUGAGGAUGCACAAUGGUUGCCAUGGUAACCGAGGUCACAAUGAGAAUGCACAUUGGUUGCCAUGGCAACUGACAUCACAAUGCGAAUCACAAUGGUUGCCAUGGUAACCGAGAUCCCAGUAAAGAUGCACAAUGGGUUCCAUGGCAACCGUUGUAAUAAUAGGAAUGCACAAUGGUUGCCAGGGUAACUGACGUAACAAUGGGAAUGCAUAAUGGUUGCCCUGGUAAACGAUGUCACAGUGGGAAUGCACAAUGUUUUCCAUGGUAACUGUUGUAAUAAUGGGAAUGCACAAUGGUUGCCAUGGUAACCGACAUAUCAAUUGGAAUGCUCAGUGGUUGCCAUGGCAACCGAGGUCAUAAUGAGAAUGCACAAUGGUUGCCAUAGCAACUCAGUCACAAUGAGAAUGCACAAUGGUUGUCAUGGCAACCGAGGUCACAAUGAGAAAACAGAAUGGUUCCCAUGGUAACCGAGGUCACAAUGGGAAUGCAUAAUGGUUGCCAUGGGAAGUGAUGUCACAAUGAGACUGCACAAUGGUUGCCAUAGCAACCGAUGUCAUAAUGAGGAUGCACAAUGGUUGCCAUGGUAACCGAGGUCACAAUGAGAAAACAGAAUGGUUCCCAUGGUAACCGAGGUCACAAUGGGAAUGCAUAAUGGUUGCCAUGGGAAGUGAUGUCACAAUGAGACUGCACAAUGGUUGCCAUAGCAACCGAUGUCAUAAUGAGGAUGCACAAUGGUUGCCAUGGUAACCGAGGUCACAAUGAGAAUGCACAAUAGUUGCCAUGGUAACCAACGUGACAGUGAGACUGUAUAAUGGUUGCCAUGGUAACCGAGUUCACAAUGAGAAUACACAAUGGUUGCCAUGGUAACCGAGGUCACAAUGGGAAUGCAUAAUGGUUGCCAUGGGAAGUGAUGUCACAAUGAGACUGCACAAUGGUUGCCAUAGCAACCGACAUCAUAAUGAGGAUGCACAAAGGUUGCCAUGGUAAACCAUGUAACAAUGAGGAUGCACAAUGGUUGCCAUGGUAACCGAGGUCACAAUGAGAAUGCACAUUGGUUGCCAUGGCAACUGACAUCACAAUGCGAAUCACAAUGGUUGCCAUGGUAACCGAGAUCCCAGUAAAGAUGCACAAUGGGUUCCAUGGCAACCGUUGUAAUAAUAGGAAUGCACAAUGGUUGCCAGGGUAACUGACUUCACAAUGAGAAUGCACAAUGGUUGGCUUGGCAACUGAUGUCACAAUGAGACUGCACAUUGGUUGCCAUGGCAACCGAGGUCACAAUGAGAAAACAGAAUGGUUCCCAUGGUAACCGAGGUCACAAUGAGAAAGCAUAAUGGUUCCCAUGGUUCCUGAAGUGUACCAGGUUUGCAAGGAUAUAUGUCCGGAAUAAAGACAAGUACAAUAGUCAUUCAAACACUACAAAAUAUCUUUUAUUGCAGUGAGAGUUAAAAAAAAAAAAAACUAUUAGCAAAGAGAAUCAAAAGUUUAAAAGAAUACCAAAAAAAUCUACUUUAUCUACUGGCGUUCAUACAAUAUUACAAACAGCCUCUAUUAAAGUAUUAGUGCAAGGGGAAUUAAAGGGAUACAAUAUUAGCUAGUAGAAAGGGAAUUAAAGGGAUACAAGAAAAAGGAUAGUAUUGGGGCCUUUGCAAUACUGAAUCAAUAUACAGAACUGUAAUGUUUAGCAAGGCCAUCAGCUGACAAGAUUGGUAAUACAAAGUUUAACAAGAAACAACAGGAUGUACCCUUGCGAAGGAGACGGAUGUAUCUUUCACACGAGAAGCUAAAAAGAGACCCUGGAAGCCAGCAUGGGAAUCGCAAGAGACAGUGUCAGCAAGAAAUGCAGAAGUUGGAAAGAAUGAACAAUGGGGACUGUAUUCAUUGUUCAUUAGCCAAUCCGUAUUCAACACACAGCUUUCUGAUAUGUACUUAAGCACUGCUGUUAGGCACAAUAAACGAAUCAGACCGUUAACUCCAUGAGUGUUUGAGUCUGUUCCGCUUGCCUGAUAUGCCCGCAGCAUCUGGCGACCCCCGACGUGAUCCACUAGGGGGUGAGAAGGGAUCAGCGGAGCCGGCAAGGAACCUGCCUGGGUCAGCGGAGACGAGAGCUGACUUUAGAGCCCGAAGAAAGGCGGAACCUGAGAGCCCAAAGAGGCGGAAUCUGAGAGCCCGAAGAAAGGCGGACAGAACUCACCGGUGAGUCAAGAAAAUUAGGCAGGAUGGGAAUUGCUGUAUCAGCAGUAGAAAAAGCGGUGGUGGACAGCCUUAUGAAGUUGGCUUAUCAUACAAACACCCCGCUGUCCCGACAGGCUGUCAUAGAUUUACUAUGCUGGAGCCGUCGGCGUGGACUUAUCUCGUCAACCCAAGAUAUUUAUAAAAAUGAAACUUGGACUAAGAUAGGGGAAGAACUUUGGGAGUCAGUUCAAGUCGGAACAAAGGGAGCUAAAACUCUUGCUCAAACUUAUCGUGCAGUAAAAAGUAUGAUUGCACAGUUACACGGAGAAGCGCAAGUCGCUGCGGCACUUAAAGCUGCGGUGCGGCUUCCUGAAGUGAAAAAACAAACUGAGGCUACAGAGCCAGAUGAAUGGCCUCCUCUUAAUGAUCCCCCUGAUUAUCCACCUGUUACUUCUGCUUAUCCUGCUAUGACUAGAGCUGAGCAGAUAGCUUGGGGAUUGGAUGAUGAUCUGCCUCCUUGGCAGCCUGAUAAUGAGGCUCAAAAUCAGUCUAAUUUACAACAAGGGAACCAGAAUCUUGGUCCCCCAGAAAAGGUAGUCUCAUCGGCUCCUGCAGAAGAAUUGGCAGGCGGUGAUGAGCCGAUGGAUUUGGAUCGUCUUCUUGCAGAUCUGCCUCCUCUUCCACCUGAGGAUGACACAGUUUUUAGCAGUGAUGAUGAAUCCCCUAAGGGUCCAUACUCAGAAUUAAGAAAAGAACUGCAACAGCAAAAGAAGAAUAUGACUGCUUUGUUAGAGGAGAUGAAAAGACUUGAUAAAGACUCAAAACGAAAAGAUGUUCGAAAAGCUUACAAAGCAGCUCAUGACACUAUAGUAAAAGGUUUAGAUGCUAUAGGGGACAGAUUGGAGCAAGAAACACAACAGAGGGGGAGGGAAAAUGAGUGUAAAAAGCAAGAACAGAAUAAUCAGCCGAGAGAUCCUAAUUUUGAUCCACAAAAACGUUAUAAGGGUUUAAUUGAAAACUGUACUGUUCAGGGAGAAUUUUCAUUUCAGCCACUUGUAGCUCCUGUUGUGGUCAGACAAGGAAAUCCUGUGUGGGAACCCUUAGAUUGGAAAUUGGUACAAGGGAUUCAAAAAUCAAUUAUGCAAUAUGGUACCGAUAAUAAAUUAGUCAAAAAUCAAGUUACUGCCUUAAUUAAGUAUAAUGAUCUUGUUCCUGCUGAUUUGAGAGCAAUAAUGGAACUUAUUCUCUCUCCAACCACAUAUAUGCUUUGGCUAGCUAAAUGGCAAGAGGCAUUAGAAGAAAAGCAGUUAGAUAAUGUGCAUCUUCCUCAAGGGGGCCCAUUGCGAGUCGCCCCCUUGGAUGCACUUUUAGGAGCAGGACAAUACAAAGAUGGAGCAGUUCAAGCUACCUUACAUGUGAGAGCAUAG